GUCGGUGGCAAAACACCAUUCUCAGGCCGAUUAGAGGUCAAAAAUGGGAGUGAGUGGGGAACUGUCUGUGACGAUCAUUUCAAGGAGGAAAAUGCAUUAGUCGUUUGUCGAAUGCUUGGAUUCAAUAAUCCAGUUCAUGCCUCCUUCUCAACAAACGGUGACAAAUCCGACGAAAGCCGUAUUUUACUUGAUGAAGUAAACUGUACCGGCCAAGAGACCGACAUUUCCGAGUGCACACAUAAUGGGUGGGGCAUUACAGAUUGUACGCAUUCGGAAGAUAUUGGAAUCGACUGCCGAACACCAAUCAAACUCUCUGCAACAUUACAUUCGGGAUUGGUUGAGAUACAAAAAAACGGAACAUGGCAACAUCUAUGUGGCGACAGUUUUAACGUUUCCACUGCUCAAGUCAUCUGCAAAUCGCUUGGAUUUAGUGCCAAUGGCGCAGAACUAAAUCACAAAGGACUCAACGCAACAAACAUCUCAGAUAUUACUUACGAAUGCAAUGGAGAUGAAAUGGACUUGAGCCUGUGUACUUCCAAAACGAAAGACUGUUCAUCUAAUGUUGCGGCUGCGAUUAAUUGUCGGACCCCUAUCCGGCUUGUUAAUGGAACAAGUGCGCAGUCAGGCCGAGUCGAAGUGGAGUAUGGUGGUGGAUGGGGAACGAUUUGCGACGACCACUUUGAUGACCAAGAUGCCAAAGUUGUUUGCAGAAUGCUUGGAUUUAGUGAUAAAAGGUCAAGAUCGCUUAGCGGUGCCUACUACGGUGAGGGUCAGGGAAAUAUCUUCAUUGAUGAGCUACGUUGUCAAGGGACAGAACAGGACAUUUUGGAAUGCAAGUCUAACGAAUGGCUUUCCCCUACUAAUUGUCAGCAUAACGAAGAUGCCGCUGUUGAAUGUUUAACUGAGGUACGACUACAAGGCAGUCCUCAGAAGUUUGUAGGGCGACUGGAAAUUUUGAAAGGCGCAGAAUGGAAAGGUGUCUGCUCAAAUGGAUUUAACAACAACACAGCAACUGUUGUCUGCAAAUCCCUGGGAUUCGAACGCGGAAACAUUACUAUUUACAUGGACGGUCGUUAUGGUAGCAGCUUGAAUGGACAAACUUCAAACGAAUAUCAGUGCCAAGGCAACGAAACUGACCUAUCCAACUGCCAACAAAAAUCUGUUUCAACACCAUGUUCUCCGGAAGUUGGGAUGAAUUGCUUUGCAAAAUCUCCAAUGAGACUUCAUGGAGGACCUACAGUUAUGUCUGGAUUUGUCGAGGUGUACAUCAAUGGCAAAUGGACUGGAAUAAGUCUACAUGGUUUCACUUUGAACGAUACUAAAGUACUUUGCAGGAGUCUUGGAUAUCCAGCAAAUUAUCCUUCUUUCCGCCAAGCUGAUUUAUACUAUUCAUUUACAAGCUACGACAGAUGCCUUGGUGGCUUAGGGUGUACAGGAUUUGAACAAGAUAUAACUGAAUGUAUUCCACAAAACGGACAAUGGUUCAAUGGAAGUUGCGUAAAAAGAGAAUUCGUUGGGAUAAAUUGUGGUACUGAUAUGCAGUUUCGUUUGACAAACGGGCCAUCAGUGAAAGCGGGCCAAGUUGAGGUUAUGUAUAAAGGAAGUUGGAUAGGAUUUUGUACAAACCAACAAAUUGGUGUUUUUGAAGCGAAUAUGAUAUGUGAAAAAUUAGGAUAUAAUCAAAGCGGAUAUCUUAUUACCUCAAAAUACAAAAGUGGCGCAGCCAUAACUGGCCUACACUGUACAGGAAACGAACAGCACAUAUCGGAUUGUACAGCCAACACAUGGGGAACACUAUCGCAUUGCGAUCGACUUACGAUUGCUUGCAACAGUACAGUUCGUCUGGUGAAUGGGACGAGUGAGCGUUCCGGACGAGUUGAGAUUCUUCACCAGGGCCGAUGGGGAACCAUUUGCGCAGAUCACUUUGAUAUCCAUGUAGCUGAUGUUGUCUGCAGAAAGGCUGGGAUACGACUCUGGAACGCAUCGGUAUUAACUGGGUCACCCUUUGGAAGAGGAAACUUGCCCACCGUCCUUAAUAGCACUUCUUGUAAUGGAGACGAGUGGGACCUGUCAACUUGUAUAUCAUCACCAUGGCAAGAUACAAUGUGCAACGGCACUGAUGUAGCUACUGUUCAUUGCAAGGUUCUAAAUUCACCUAUUCGUUUAGUUGGAGGUAUAACGGAAUAUGACGGUGAGGUCGAAAUCAAAUAUAAAAAUAUAUGGAGUCGAAUCGGUUCAAUUUCCGGUCAACAGAAUGUCGAUUUGAUUUGCGCGCUUCUCGGAUAUAAUUUCUCAAGCAAUGCAAAAGUCAUCAGUCUAAAUAGCAGUGGGGAUUUCCUGCUCGGAAACUGGAAUUGCACUGGAAAUGAACUGGAUGUUUCGCUAUGUUCCGGUUAUAGCGAAGUUUUAUCAACAUGCAGAUCUACCCAAGCUGUUGUAAUUGACUGCAGUAUAAGAGUAAGGCUGGUUGAUGGCCCUUAUCCGACUAAAGGUCGUGUCGAAGUUUUCAACCAAGGCAAAUGGGGUCCUGUGUGUAGAAGUGGAAUAAAUUCAUAUGAAGGAGAUGUGAUAUGCCGAUCAGCAGGGUUUAUAUACAGCAACGGCGAAGUCAAUGUUCACGGACGGUACAGCAACGAGACAUUUCAAAACUUCACUGUGACAAAUUUGGACUGCACAGGACAAGAAGAAGGAAUUACCGAAUGUAAAUCGGACGAAUGGAUGACAGGACACUGUCCACCGAACGGAGCACUGGAAGUUAAUUGUAGACCACACACACCUUUGAGGCUCCGAAAUUCUAGUAACAACGCAUCGUCCGGUAUUGUGGAAGCUUUCUUUGACGGAUCCUGGUUGACAAUAUGUAAUAACGGAUUUGACGACAAGGCUGCAGCAGUUGUCUGUAGAGGCUUAGGAUAUAAAGCCGGUGAAUCUGAAGCAUCUCAAACCUAUGAUGGUAGUAUCAACAUUUAUCACAUAACCUGCAAAGGAACAGAAAACGAUAUAUCUGAAUGCCAGUACUCUGGAUAUCAAUGGACACGCUAUCGGUGUGGUUAUUACAGCGCCGCAGUCAAAUGCAGCAACACACGUGUACAAUUACGAAACGGUAUAAAUAGAUACAAAGGACGUGUCGAAUUUCAGUACAACGGAAUAAAAGGAACGAUUUGUAGUGAACACUUCGAUGAUAAAGACGCUUUGGUGGUUUGUCGUGCUGCCAAUAUUCCUGGAAACCAAAAUGCGACAAUAUACAAGAGCUCUAAGUACGGUAGUGGUUCUUCAUUAUUAUCGAUUGCCGGCGAAUUGAACUGCACUGGGACAGAAUAUGAAUUAGACGAAUGUGCGGCCUUUUCUUUGAAUGCCAAUUACCCGUGCAGCACUCACAGAUACGACGUUGGAGUUAAUUGCAGACCUCACACACCGAUAAGAUUAACGAAUGGAACGAAAUAUUCAGGACGGGUAGAAAUCGAAUAUGAGGGGAAAUGGGGAACUAUUUGUGACCGAGACUUUGACGAGAAUGAUGCCAAAGUCAUUUGCAGAAUGUUAGGAUAUAACACACGAAGCGUUGAGGUAAAACAAAAUGCGUAUUAUGGAAUAGGAGAUGGACACAUUAUUAUUUCAAAUUUAGCUUGUGAUGGAAAUGAACCAGAUAUAUCGGAGUGUUUGACAGCUGGCUACAAAUGGUCAGCGGUUCAUGGUUAUUGUACUGCGAAAAAUGACGCUGCUGUUCAAUGCAAUACUCCAACACGUGUAAGGGAUGGCAACACCGCAUACUCGGGCAUAGCUGAAGUAUAUAUUGAUGGCUCGUGGAGACAUAUUUGUAAGGACAAUUUUACUGUAGACGAUGCGAUAACAGUUUGCAAUUUAGCUGGUCUCCGACACAACUACACUGAAAACGUAUUAAUACUUGACGCAUCUGUCUAUGGUGUUCACCAAAGGUCGAAUCAGUCUGUAGGAUCAUUCCAAUGCAAAGGUGAUGAAGGCGAUUUAUUUGAAUGUGGAUCCGGCCAGUGGACAAAUUCAGGAAUGCACUGCACGAGCCGUCAAAAUGUUGCUAUAAAUUGUAGAGCGACUUCACUUGUGAGAUUGGUAAGUGAAGAUGGACAAACUACUUACAAGGCAGACAUUCAGGGAAAGGCUUCAUCUACAGGACGAGUCGAAGUGUUUUACAUGGGAAAAUGGGGAACAAUAUGUGACGAUUUGUUUGAUAAUCAGGACUCCCAAGUGUUGUGCGCAAUGAUGGGAUAUUCUAUAGGGAGGGUAAACAAGUCCUCUUAUAAUAACUUUUAUGGAGACGGGAACACAGUUAUUGAUGAUUUGGAAUGUGCUGGUGUGGAAACAGAUAUUUCACAGUGCAAAUCAAGAGAGUGGGGAACACAUAACUGCAUACGACAAGAAAACGUUUUUAUCGACUGUGACUUUCAAGAAAACGUGGAUCCUUGUGAGAAAAGAUAUCAUGUUCGACUUCCAAACCUAGAACAACGAACAGUAUACUAUAAAACGAAUUCAGAUCCAAUUAAUGACAUUAAGCUACCCGCCGGAUGGUACUACGUUGGUAAUGUCACGAUGCCAUCGAAACCUCGACUGAAUAGCUGUGGAACGCAUAUACCUAUUUAUACGUCAGAAAACAUUUCGUCGAUGAACAAUGGUAUUCAAAGUAUAAAGGCUGUAGAAUUGGGGCACGAAACAGUUACAUACGACAUACAAGUCAAGAACUGUAACAACAACUUUUUUGUGUAUCAUCUUCCUCCUACAAGUACACCAAACAGCGGAUAUUGCUUUGGCAUUGGAAGCAUAAAUCCACCGCCAUCUUUCGUUGCCACCAGCGUUCAAACUAUCCUCGUACACAACAACACAUCACUAUGGUUCAAGUGCAAAUUCGAAACCGAUAAGCCGGAUAAACUGUUUUAUCGUGUCUUCUGGAUCGUUGGUGAGGACACCACGCUAGUCAAAGGCUUCUGUAGUGCUGCUGAUAACAUGGCAGCUUGCUUAUUAACAGACGGCGAUCUUCAAAACAAUAGCAUCGGAAUGGGCGAUACGAUUCGCUGUUCAGUAAGAGCAUACUAUGAAAGCGACGGACAACCGGGACAAAUGUCUGAACAGUCGGAACCGUUUUUCAUCGGAAUUAAAGUCUUGACUCCUUCAAUAACACUGAGACACGGCGAGACGAAACCAAUAGAAAUGCAGCUUACAGUUCCAAUAAUAUGUGAAGCUUUAUAUUCCCAGGUUGGACCUUGUAGAGUAAGCCUUCAGUACUUUGUGCCAGAACAUGACUCCUGCGGAGCACAAGUCGUAACGGAUGGCUGCACAACAAUUCUAAAUAAAGACAACUUUCCACAUGCAUUUGCAGUAAACAUAAGCACUGCAGCAAAUGGACAAUAUGGCGUAGCUGGACAAUACAGUGUGUUGCUCCGGAUUCCGCCAAGAACACAUGGAUAUUGGCUUUUCUGGAAAACCUAUAAACUAGCUCCAAUACAGGUCAAAGUUCUUCCAGAAUCCGAUACAAAAUGGCGCGGAAAGGUGUGCACUGCAAGGAAUGAUCCGCACAUGUAUACCUUUGAUCAAAGUUCGUUUGAACACCAUGCAGAUCCUGGAGAUUAUGUACUUUACAAACACAAGUUAUAUGACAACGUGGAAAUUCAACACAGAAUCGGCCAUUGUACAAAUGAAGCAAACAAGGCAAAGUGCAACUGUGGAGUAGGAGUUCGGGCUGGCCGCGAUGUGUACAUCAUUAAUGUUUGCAAUAAUUAUAUCGACAUCGGCUAUAAAAUGUGCUUCGACAAGGCACUAUCGGUGAAGAAAGACAAUGACUUUACAUACACGAUUUAUUUGCCGUACGGCACGGCAGUUCGUGCACGUAUUGACAACGCCCCUUUUAUGGGGGAUGAAGGAGGAAGAGUUCUUGAUCUGACUGUGAUGCCUUCUCUUCACAAUCGAGAUGGAAACAGCACUGGUCUGUGUGGAACGCUUAAUGGUUGCCAAGACGACGACAUGGAAAAUAAAACUGAGAGUGCAUUUAUAGAAAGAUGGAAAUUAAAUGAUACCCUUUCGCUAUUCAGCAGCGAUGUUCAUGAACGGACUUUUAAUUCGUGGGUAACACCGUCAUGUGUUUGUAAAACUAAUGGAGAAACUGAACUGUCUUGUGAGAAAAGUUUGUCAACUUGCACUAAAGGCUCAAUAGCGGGAUUUCAUAGUUGCGAUGAUGUACUUAACAGGCGAUCAGUUCGGUCUUUGACUAACCGGCCUAGGCUUCCUAUUGUAAGGAUACCAACAAGCAACCCAUCGCUCGUUCGGAAAAAGCGGGAAGCCCAGCAAUGGACACCCUCAGACGCACAAAGGCACUGUCAAGCCAAUAUCCAAAAUAGCAAAGCAUUUGAACUGUGUGAGAAGGUUCCAGCGACGCACACAAAUAUCUCCGUCGAAAAUUGUAUACUUGACAUAAUGCUUAUGAACAGCACAUCGUGGACAUCGAUUUCACGUCAGUCAAUGCAGGACACUUGUCAGACGCAAAUACAUCGCAACAAAACGGUUAUAGAAGUCCUUAUUAAAGAAACGGUAAUUGCUCAAAAUACUUCUGUGUCAACCGCAACACCAGGCCAAAAUAUAUCCACGCCACACACGCCAGUUUUUUCACUUGCUGAACUUCAAGCCUUGAAAGAUAUGGAAAAAACUAUAAAAGAAAUCCAAGUUCUUUGCGCCAACAACUGUUCUGGAAAAGGAAUUUGUAAAAAUGGGGUGUUGGAUGAAGGUCAUUGUGAUGAAAAUAAAACGGACUGCACGCAUGCCUUUGUUUUUGGUGGCGUAUUCGCGGGAUCCAAUCUUACAUGCAAACUGCAAUACUUUAAUAUUGAUAUAAACGGAACUCGCCACGAAGACACAUACAGCCACGAAGUCCGGGGUGAUACAGAAACGUUGAGUGAAGCAAUUUGUCCGUUGGUAAAUGCAAGACGUCGACGCGACGUCAACUCCGAUCAUUUCGUACAAGGAUACACAAUCUCAUUGAGCAAUGAUGGCCUACAUUUCAGCAAUGAUACCGCCGACGUCUAUAUUUACAAUUCUCACUGCCAAGUUUACACUUAUGAUAAUACAAAUUCGACAAAAUCUGAAAUAAGUUUCACCUUCACUCUUAAGGACGGUUAUUGCUAUAUUAAGGGACAAUGCAUGUUUAACGGAUCAAUGCAUAUGAGUGACUCCCUUAAAUGUGAUCCGUCCAUGAGCAAAACUGGUUGGACACCUGUAACAACAACGACCCGGACAUCGACAGCUUCAUCGACCAUACACACGUCCACAUUAACAACGAUACCAAAAGAGUCCCCGUGCAAGAACUCGUCCGACAUGUGCAAAAACCACCCCAACACGUUCUGCCAGGAAGACAGAGAUACCUAUCAAUGUGUUUGCCAAAGAUACUACGAACAGUUGGAUAAUGGGACGUGUAAAGAAACAGGCGAACCACGAGUCAACGAUAGAUUUGCGGAAAUAGUCAAAAACAGCAACGAUGCCAAGGAGGAAGUGGAUAUUUUUAGAGUCGAGAUUAUCCUUAACUACAACGUUCCAGAGCAUGAUUAUCUUGAAAUAGCAGGCACUUAUGAGACUUACAAAACAGAGUUAAAGGACAAGCUGACGGACUACUACAGAGGAGCCUUAGGACGAGGCCUAAAGGAUGUCUACAUUUUGGAUAUAACGGAGCCUUCAUGUGGACCAUGCGAUUAAAAGCUCAACAGAUGGAUUCGUUCGAAAUGCGCUUGCUCAUGCACUUGUUCAAUUACAUGGUCAUUCGCUUGCGGUAUUUAAGGAAACU